UUCCGUUCUUUCAUCAUAUGUCAGUCCCGCCAUCCCGGGAAUUAACUUGCACUCCCUCAACAGCAAGAAGAUGGACACAAAAUACUGGAGUAACUGAACGGUACAGGCAGUAUGUCUGGAUUAAAGGAGUGGUCUGCUCCAUCGCGAGUUCCUCCCUACACGUUAAUUGCACUCCCUUGAGUUGCAAUUAGCCUCUAUACCGGUUUAUAACGUCCAUCCUCAGGAAUUCAAUAUUUCAUCUGUUUUUGUUUGCUAUCGGCUUUGGCAUAUCUUCAGUGGAAAGCCAACGAGCUGUGUGCUUUUGCAGCGUUUUAACUUACUGCGUGUCCGUCCACUUAAUGAGAAGAAGUGUGCAGAACCGAAGAGCGGGGUUCUGUGUCAGGACUGCCUCCUCGGUGAAAUCCCUGACAGUGGGGAUGGAUCUGUCUUCGGGGAGAUUGCUGUCAACCUUUUGCGCUCACUAGGGGUCGUCGAAUGUCAGAAAAUCAAUCUGGCAACAACAGGAAGGAGCCAGGCACCGAUGCCUGGAAACACUCUGGGAUUAGCAACCGCAGUGCCUUGCUGAAAUUACAAGUGGAAGAAAUCAAUGGCACUGGCGGAUGCCCGCGGCGAGGCAGAGUGAGUGAAGUGCGCUGGAAAGUUGCAACCGGCGUGCGGGGAGACGAUGCGGGGCAGACUAUUUUGAGGGUAUUUAAUCGCCAGUUUGCAGGGUAAUUUUGAGGAUUGAUGGAGUGACGUCAACACGUACCUUGCUUAAUAGCAAAGUAAUCUGAUUGUGGACGCUGUAAUCUCACCGGCACCGUGCUUUACUCUUUACAUAGCAGCUCUGCUCGCCUCCUGGACCCCGCUGGCCGUUUCCCCUCUGUGUGGAAGAUUGGAUGUUCAGGAAAUACUGGACGUUAUCUCACUGCAACGGCUUCUUCCAUCCUGAAGGUUAAAUAAAGAGUAAACAAACCCGACUGCGCUAGGAAGGCAGAGAGCAGUGUGAAGAAACUCAAUUUACAACCAAGCAGUUUGCAACAUUGACAUUAAUUAGCCGUUCGGAGCACCGGGCAACAAAGACUUCAUACCGCGCUUGUAGAUGUCACCAUCUCCAACUGUCUCUCACCUUAUUUAAAUAUAUAUCUAGUACCUCUCCACACUCUCUGGAGAGGUUUCCCCACAAGGCACAUAGACAUUUAAAACGAAACAUGAAUAUAAUUGCACUGCUACUGACUGUGUUGCCUCUAUCUGGGAAUCUCCACUGGAUUAGUGGAUUCGAUUACGAUUACACGUAUGAUUACUACGAUGAAGAAAAGGCGGAGGUUAUCGAUUAUAAAGACCCAUGCAAAGCUGCUGCAUUUUGGGGAGACAUUGCCUUAGACGAAGAAGACUUGCAACUCUUUCAGAUUGACAGGACAAUUGAUUUAUCAAGACACACCUUGGGCAGCAUUGGGCACACAACAGGUGGAUCUGGAGAACAUGAAGUUUCCAAAAAGAAGGGAACAGUUUAUCAACUUAUAGAUCAGAUACUGCGAUUGGGAACAGACAGCGAUCAAAAUACCACUGACAGAGAAAAGAACAACUCGGAAACAUUAAGAAAAAGUGAAAAGAACAGAGUUCCCAGAGCUGCAACAUCUCGCGCUGAGAGAAUUUGGCCCGGGAGUGUCAUCCCUUACGUAAUCGGAGGCAAUUUCACAGGUAGCCAGCGGGCAAUGUUCAAACAAGCCAUGCGGCACUGGGAAAAAUACACGUGUGUUACUUUCAUAGAACGGGCAGAUGAAGAAAGUUACAUUGUCUUCACGUACAGACCGUGUGGGUGUUGCUCCUAUGUGGGCAGGCGUGGUAAUGGUCCUCAGGCUAUUUCGAUUGGCAAAAACUGCGACAAAUUCGGGAUUGUCGUUCACGAACUGGGCCAUGUGAUCGGGUUUUGGCAUGAACACACCAGACCAGACCGAGACGAUCAUGUGACCAUCAUUAGAGAAAACAUCCAGCCCGGCCAGGAGUACAACUUCCUCAAGAUGGAGCCUGGAGAAGUGAACUCCCUCGGAGAAUCAUAUGACUUUGACAGUAUCAUGCACUAUGCUAGGAACACCUUCUCAAGAGGAAUGUUUCUGGAUACCAUUCUACCCGGACGUGAUGAAAAUGGCAUACGACCUCCCAUUGGCCAACGUGCACGAUUAAGUAAAGGAGACAUUGCACAGGCAAGGAAGCUGUAUAGAUGUCCAGCUUGUGGAGAAACUCUCCAGGAUUCGUCUGGCAAUUUCUCAUCUCCCGGAUUUCCCAAUGGAUACCCCUCAUACACACACUGUGUUUGGAGAAUCUCAGUCACACCUGGUGAAAAGAUUGUUUUGAAUUUUACAACCAUGGAUCUCUUUAAGAGUCGCCUGUGCUGGUAUGACUACAUAGAAGUACGAGAUGGUUAUUGGAGAAAGGCGCCUCUUCUUGGUAGAUUCUGUGGUGACAAGUUGCCUGAAGUUCUGAUGUCCACAGAUAGCAGGAUGUGGAUAGAAUUCCGCAGCAGCAGUAACUGGGUUGGGAAGGGGUUUGCUGCAGUUUAUGAAGCAAUUUGUGGUGGCGAAAUCAGUAAAGAAUCUGGACAGAUCCAGUCUCCUAACUAUCCAGAUGACUACAGACCGUUGAAGGAAUGUGUGUGGAAAAUAACAAUGGCUGAGCACUACCACGUCGGAUUAGUUUUCCAAGCUUUUGAGAUUGAGAGGCAUGACAAUUGUGCCUAUGACUAUCUUGAGGUUCGGAAUGGCAAUAAUGAAAACAGUCCACUGAUCGGGCGGUUUUGUGGCUACGAGAAACCUGAAGACAUCAAAUCUACUUCCAAUUCCCUCUGGAUGAAGUUUGUUUCCGAUGGAACUAUUAACAAGGCAGGAUUUGCUGCAAACUUUUUUAAAGAGGAGGAUGAGUGUGCCAGACACGACCAUGGAGGCUGCGAGCAAAAAUGUGUGAACACUUUGGGUAGUUACAAGUGUACAUGUGAUCCAGGCUACGAACUUGCAGCAGACAAGAAAAAUUGUGAAGCUGCCUGUGGAGGACUCCUAUCAAAGUUAAAUGGAACAAUCACCACACCAGGCUGGCCAAAGGAAUAUCCUCCAAAUAAGAACUGUGUUUGGCAAGUUGUGGCUCCCACCCAGUACAGGAUCUCUAUGCAGUUUGAAUUUUUUGAGCUAGAAGGCAACGAUAUCUGCAAAUACGAUUAUGUGGAGAUCCGCAGUGGCCUUUCAUCUGACUCCAAACUUCACGGAAAGUUUUGUGGGACAGAAGUGCCCGAGGUUAUUACAUCGCAAUACAACAACAUGAGGAUUGAGUUCAAAUCCGACAAUACCGUUUCAAAGAAAGGUUUCAAGGCCCAUUUCUUCUCAGAUAAAGACGAAUGUUCCAAAGACAAUGGAGGCUGUCAACAUGAGUGUGUCAAUACCAUAGGCAGUUAUGUUUGUCAGUGCCGAAACGGAUUUGUACUACAUGAAAACAAACAUGAUUGCAAAGAAGCGGAAUGUGAACACAGGAUUUACAGCGCCACUGGUCCCAUCACAAGUCCCAAUUGGCCUGAUAAAUAUCCUAGUCGCAAAGAAUGUACCUGGGAGAUCUCUGCAACUCCAGGCCAAAGAGUGAAGAUUACUUUUAAUGAAUUUGAGAUCGAACAACACCAAGAAUGUGCUUACGAUCACCUGGAAGUGUUUGAUGGGGAGACGGACAAGUUUGCGAUCCUCGGCCGGUUCUGUGGGAGUAUUAUUCCAAAUCCUGUCAUCUCCACUGGAAGUAAAAUGUUCGUUAGGUUUGUUUCAGAUGCAUCGGUACAAAGGAAAGGUUUCCAGGCUACUCACUCUACAGAAUGCGGCGGGAGACUUCGGGCAGAGAUUAAAUCCAAGGAUCUGUACUCCCACGCACAAUUUGGGGACAAUAACUAUCCGGGGCAAGUGGACUGUGAAUGGCAGAUUAUAGCGGAAAAAGGUUAUGGAGUGGAGCUAUCAUUCCAGACGUUUGAAGUGGAAGUGGAAGCUGAUUGUGGCUAUGACUUUAUUGAAUUAUUUGAUGGAUUUGACACCACAGCUUCAAGACUUGGACAGUUCUGUGGAUCAGGGCCACCUGAAGAAAUGUAUUCAACAGGAAAUGCCAUUUUGCUCCAUUUUCAUUCUGAUGACACAAUUAAUAAGAAGGGAUUCCAUAUACGAUACACGAGUACAAAAUUCCAGGAUACCCUCCACAUCAAAAAGUAACCCGGACCAUCGAUGAAGUUUCCUUUUUCUUUUUUUUUCUUAAAAAAAAAAGCAAAAAGCAAAAAUAACUAGAAUGAAUUACGAUGACAGAAGGGGGAGGAACUGAAGAAAAUGAAUUGUUGCAAAGUCAGCAGGAAGGUGAAGAACUUCAGUGGAAGACUUAAACAUGCAGACGACCAGAUAGUCCGAGUAUGAAACUCCAGGAACAGAUCACUACUUGCAGAGUAAUUGUAACGUUUUGCUUGCUGCAUCAGCUUCUGUCCUCUGCUGGCUACAGAGUUUCACCAGGUGGAAAAACUGCUAUACAGACUCCAGCCAACUGCACUAUCCAUACGAAUGAGCCGACGACUUCAACAGGCGCCAUUCAUUAGAUUUCUUCAAUCAGACAAAAAAAUAAUGAAAGGAGGAAAUAAUUAUCCUAUGUACUGUUCACUUUUCGACAUGUGGAUUAUUAAUAUAAAGAAAAAAUCCAUUUACUACAUAAUUUAUGAGGUUUUUGUAAGUCUCUUUCUUUUUUUAAACUGGUGACAAUUAUCUGUGAUUUUGUCUCUCAGACACAGGACUUCAAGCAGAACCGAAGAGCACUGUAGCAAACUGUGAAUUCCUUCCGUACCAAAAACAGGUCGAAAAGAGCAUUGAAAAUCCUGAGAGCAUUUUCUAUAUUUUGCUAUUGGGAUGUGCCAGGAUAGUUUUAUAUAAAUGUGUGUGUUGGUAGUUUGCACUUAGAAUGAUACGAAGGGCCUGCCUUUAGGCCCCAGCUAUUGUAUGUGUCCCUGGACUCCACUAUGUAAAUCAUCUGAAGUGAUAAGCAUAUGACUUUAUGUGAAUGAAAAUUAAAUUAAUAGAUAACCAGUUAAGAAUAGUGUUACCGCAGUAGUGUGCGCAAAUGGCCAUGGAGUAUUAGAAAGAAAAAUAGCUAACUGCAAUUCCAUAACAGUACCCUUAUAGCCAUUCUCUGUUGAACAAAAUAUAAUUAAACUGGUGAUAAUUUCUAGUGUUAUGAUUUUCAGCGAGAGGAACAAAAUAGAUAGAUUAACUCUGCGACCUCUACACCCCACAAUUCAGUCAACCUUUCAUGAUACACGGAUCUCCUGAUUUGACAGAUGAACUGACGAUGAGGAAAAGAAUAAUACCCCUGAAAAGUUGAUAACUCCUGGAAGACCAGAGAAAAGCCAUGCAAAGCAGGUUUCCAACGGUGCUACUCCAUGUUCCAAACCAUUUUGGUUUUAUGAGCCAAACAACCUUCAGAAUAUUGUCUGAUUUUCAAAAACAGUUGCAGGCAUCAGCAGAAGGGCAAAGACAAAUCUCAUCUUGAACAUAAAAUAAAAUCGGAGUGCUGUAAAACCACUAGUCCUAUGGAGACUGAAACAUUUAAUGCCUUUAGGAUGAUUCCUUGUAGAUCUUGCACAAUGCACACACGCUUUUAUGUACAACAACUCUGAACACUUGAUUUAAGGUAAUUCAACGACUUGAACACUUUUUGAUCAUUGUUUGCCGUGUAGAGAAUGUCCACGAAGUCAAUGUAUUUAAAUGCAAUGCAAAAGUGAAAUGUUUUAACCUAGCUAGGGUAUAGAAAUGGUGAAUAACCAGUUUGCAGACUGGCAGUUCAAUCUCAAACCAUUCUCGCCGUGUUCCACGAGAGAACCAUAAUAUUGGAUAUUUCAUUGCAGCACACCUGCAUUAUUAUGUGUUAAUUUACAAAGACAUCAUAAGGCUAUGCAGUGAAAUUAUUACAGUACGUGCCAAGUUCAAUUUGAAUUUGUUUGCUGAAGCCAAUCUGUAUUUUUGUUAACUUUAUAAGCAGAACAUUGUGGCUUCUGAAGCUUCUUAUUAAAGGUUUGUUCAGGUCAAGGUUCAGGAGUAAAAUCAAAUGUCAUUGCAAGAGAAGUUACAUUGAAAUGUCUUUCACACAGUAGUUUGCUACCUACAUUAGCACCAAUGAUCUUAUUUGUACCUGUAUUAUAUCAUUUGUUCAUGGAAACAUCACUAGCACUAAUAAAUAUGUUUUUACAA